AUGUCUUGGGUAUUCAGCAAGCUGGCCUCGAAAUUUGGAGAGCUGCGCAGUAGCACUUCGACCCUGCCAUCUCCAGGUCCAGGUUUGGAACACUUGGACGUGAGUGAUGACGAGUCGGACUAUGGCAGUGAGGAUUCCCUCACCUCUACCGACACCUCUCCCAGCUCUGAUGCUCGCAGCGCUGCAGACGCGGUCCUUCGCGGCCUCGAUGUCGGCACCGAGGAGCCGAUGCACCCAGCAGACGUCCUCAGCCUCCUCCAGGAGGGAAAUGACCGCUUUGUGAAGGGAACUUCUUUGGCAGUUCGAAGAAACGAUGUCGUCCGGCGGGAGAUAGUGGAUCUCAGCCAGUCGCCACAUGCUGCCAUCGUCGGUUGUUCCGACUGCCAGGCGCCUUUGGAAUCGAUUUUCGACUCCUUGCCAGGCGACAUUUUCGCGUUCAAAAAUGCCGGUAAUACUUGCAUUCAUGCCAAUGGCAGCAUGGUCGCCAGCUUGGAGUUUUGCACUGAGGAGCUUGGUUGUCGAUUCAUUCUCGUCCUCGGCCACCGACAUUGUGGUGUUUUGCUAGAUGCCUGCAAGAGCCAUGCAGCGAAACAGAAGUCGGGUUGCGGCGACUGUGCCCUGAAUGGCCUGCAGCACGACUUGAGCUCCGUUAUCGACCAAGCUGCGGAAUUGGCGUCGUCAGUCUCCUUGAUUUCAGGAGAUCGGCGCUCCGCCGACGACAUCGUCAAACUAUCGGAACGGGCCGUUGAGGUCAACGUGUUUCAGACGCUUGAGCUCCUCUUGAGAUUCAGCGAGACGAUUCGGCAGAACGUUCGCAGCGGCCAAGUCGAGCUACAGGCUGCCAUUUUCGACGAAGCCUCCGGCAAGGUGGAGUUUCUUGGGACCCAUCCAAUGCAGGAGGAACUCCUCGAGUCGAGCACGCCAGUUCCGCCUUGGCCGACGGAGAAGGGGAAGGCGUCCUGCUGCAUGCCCCUGCCCAAGAACUGCGAAGUCCCUGCGCCAAAGGAGGCCAUCGAAACACUGAGACUUGGCAACGCGCGCUAUGUCGCCGGAGUGUCGGAAAACACCCAGGCCAAGCCUGGCCGGACCGCCAUCGCGAAUCCCUUCUGCUCAGUCCUGGCAUGCGCGGACGUGCGAGUGCCGGUAGAUACCGUCUUUGACAUGAAGCCUGGUGACAUUUUCGUCAUGCGAAAUGCAGGCAACACAUGUACCCAUGCAGCCGGCAGCAUCAUGAGCAGCCUGGAAUUCAGCGCGAUGAAAUUCGGCGUGCGUCUGAUCCUCAUCCUAGGGCACACGCAAUGCGCCUCCAUCACCGGAGCCGUGCGAGCGUGCAUGGCCGGACAAGCACAGAGUGGCAGGCUAUCGAGAAGCUUGGGUAAGGUUGCCCAGGAAGCCGCGGACCAGCUUGGCGAAGGCGUUGGUCUUGCGCGCCUGAGCCUCUGCGCGGUGAAACUCAACGUUUUGCAAACCAUGGAGAUUGUCCUGAGACACAGCCGGCCCAUUCGUGAAUUGGCCCAGAGCGGGCGCGUUCAAGUUCAAGGGGCUGUCUAUCACAUGGAGUCCGGCUGCGUGGAGUUUCUUGGGCCGCUGCCAAACGAGACAGAGGUACUGGUCGAUGCCUAG